AUGCCUGGCAAAGUAAAUGUGACCGGCGCCGGAAUCUUCGGUCUAUCGUUGGCCGUUUCCUUGCGUCAAAGAGGCUAUGACGUCGUUGUAUUCGAUAAGAAUGAUUACGGACUUGAUGAAUACCGCGAUUUCGAAGUCCAAGCUGCUUCAGUCGAUCAAAACAAGAUUUUCCGAGCGUCAUACGGCAAGAAAAUUCAUUACCAGCGUCUGGCCAUGGAAGCUAGGGAGGAGUGGGAGAAGCUCGGACAUGAUCUCUUCGUGCCAUCCGGUAUGCUAAGAGUGCAGCCAACCGAAGAGUUAGGAGCGUUGGAGCUUGAAACAAUCGCGGGUAUGGAGAAAGACGGUCUCAGAGAGAAAAUCUUCGUGAAGGGAGAUAAGCAAGAUGAAGAACGGGCUCAACAGCGGGGCUGGCAUGGAAAACUCCUAUCAUUCCCUAUCCCAGAUGAUUCGUCCAAGGAGUUUGCACAGGUGCUUGAUAUGACCGCAGGUUUCACGAGAUCUAGCGCGGCAUGUCACUACUUUUAUAAACAGGCUCGCGACAUGGGAGUGGAGUUUGUAUUUGGAGGAGAGAAAGGAGCUUUCGAUUCUUUGAUCAAGGCUCAAGUAGGGGACAACAGUUGCAAAAUCAUUGGUCUUAGAACCAAAGAUGGGAUUGAACAUUUAGCGGACAAGACUGUGAUUGCCGCCGGUUCUUUCAGUCAUUCCCUUGUGCCCGAGUUAGCAUAUCACAUCGAGUCAUCCGCCGGUAGUGUUGCUAGGUUCAAGAUAGAUCCUAGCCAAACCGAAUUAUGGGACAAGUAUUCGCCAGAGAAGUUCCCAGUCAUUACGUGGAAGAAAGCGAAGCGAGAUGCCGCCGGGAAAGAUGUUGGCAGCGUCUACGUGUUCCCGCGCACCGAGGAAGGAAUCAUUAAAAUUGGCUACCGAGGAGUGAAAUAUACUCACUUCCGUUCUGCACCAGCCGAAGUUGCGUUCUCUCAGGAUGGACAAUGGUCUACACCGGCUGGACCUGAACUCAAGCCCCCCCCAGUGGCUCUGGAUGCCAUUCGAGAAUUUGUUUCGAUCUUCCUUCCCGAAUUCAAGGACGUUCCGUACUACUCUACUAAGUUCUGCUGGUACACAGAUUCUCUUGACAAUGAGUUUGUGAUUGACUAUGUACCAUUGUAUGCCGAUCAUUCCUUGUUCGUGUGCACCGGGGGUAGUGGUCAUGGUGCCAAAUUCCUGCCAGUUCUGGGAGAGCAUGCUGCGGAUAUCUUCGAAAACAAGGAUAACGCGAAGACACCAUUGAGGGGCUUCUGGAGAUGGCGUGCGGAUGCGCCUCGAAAGAACGGUCUAGAGGAAGGACCUGAGGGACCAAGAAACAUCGCGAAGGGUUCUGUAUCAUUGUAA